AUGGCAAGAACAAAACUCUCUUCAAGACACUAUCAACCAACACAUGUCCUUGAGGAACCGCAAGAACAAAGUACCGAUUCUCAAGAAGAAGGUCUGGGUGGCGAGUCGUCGUCGUAUACACAGUCGCGUCAAUUAGUUUUAGCGCAACAACGAAGAGAACAAAUCCAAGAAACAGCAGUACUUCAAAGAGUGAAUGUGUCGCAAGGAAGACGUGGCAGACGCCUUUGGACUGAACAAGAAACAAACUCGCUUAUUGAAGGAUGUAGAAAACAUGGAGUAGGGUCUUGGUCAAAGAUACUCCACGAUCGCAAUUUUCAUUUUGACAACCGUACAUCAGGAGACUUGAAAGAUAAGUUCCGUACAUUAUUCCCUAAUGAAUCAAGACACGGUCGUUUGAUGAGCAGGAGUGCACGAACUGAUUCCCAGAUAUCAAUGGAACCUCCACCUGCUUUUCGCAUUUUCAGACGAAGAGAAAGACGUUAUUUCAGUGCUGAAGAAGAUCGGAGGUUAUUAGCUGGCGUCAGAAAACAUGGCUGUGCGUGGACUAGAAUUGCCAAUGACCCUGAAAUCGGUUUUGUUAAUCAACGCAAAGGCACUGAUUUACGGGAUCGGUUUAGAAAUGCUUUUCCCCAAGAAUAUGCAAAAAUGGGAUUUACCCUUCCUUUUCGAGUGCCUCUUCACGCAAUAAAUGAUGUUAAUGCGUUAUAUACUCCUCGACAAAUUUUGGAGCAAGAAAAUAAUCAUAUGGAAAUUAUAAUGCAAGAAGAAUCACCCGAGCCAGAAUUGGAAAUGCAAAAAGAAUCACCCGAGCCAGAAUGGGAAAUGCAAGAAGAACCACCCGAGCCAGAAUUGGAAAUAGAAGAGCAUGACAUCAUUAAUAACGAGGACGAAGAUAAUGAUCCAGUUCAAGCAGGAAACCAUAUAAUUAACCAUUAUUCAAGGCCCAACAAGUGGAUCGAUUUUUCUGAAAAUGAAGAAAAUAAUUCAAUUCUGAAUACACCUGCAUAUAAUGGCGACCCAGAUUCUCCCAGCUUUGAUCUUUCCAUUUCACGAAAAAGAAAAAUUCUUGAAGAUCAGAACCAAGCAGAAGGAUCUAAACGUCGAAGAGAAUAA